AAAUAUACUUUGCUUGUACAACUCUUCCAUCAUCCCUGCCUUAAAUCACGUGCCUUUCCUCCUCCUUCUCCUCUCUCUCUCUGACUCUCGCUGUUCGAAUCACACUACAAACGGAAAACCAGAGAGAGAAAGAAGAAGAAUAAGACCCCAAAGUCAAAAAUUCAAAACCUCUGCUUCUUCACUUUUCUAUAAUGUAGAAAAAAAAGUAAUAAGAAACAAACGAAACAAAUUAACAGCGAAAACAAAUCAAUGCACGCUUACAAUCGACUGCCCAGCAGCGGUCACACCACUCCGUCACCUCCCUCGUCGCCGUUAAGGUCGCCUAGAUACCGUCACGGCCGUUCCAAGGGGGGGCGUUUUUCUCCCGUUGGUCCGCCGUGUGUGGGGAAUUUGCCCCACCGGUUGGCUUGGCUUCUUUUGUCUGUUCUUCUUCGUCGUCAGGGUAUCUUUUUAUUCGCGCCGCUUAUUUAUAUCUCUGGGAUGCUGCUUUACAUGGGAACGGUGUCGUUUGAUGUUGUUCCGAUUAUAAAACACCGGGCCGCUCCUGGUUCAGUUUACAGGAGUCCGCAGCUUUAUGCGAAGUUGAAGGUGGGAAUGGAUGCGGAUAAUUCUUCUGCUGAUGCGAUAUCAACUAUAUGGAAAACCUCCCAUAGAGGUGGAGACUGGAAACCAUGUAUAAAAAAGUCUUCAGGAGGUUUACCUGAAUCAAAUGGUUACAUCUCUGUUGAGGCUAAUGGUGGCUUAAAUCAGCAGAGGAUAUCGAUAUGCAAUGCUGUUGCUGUAGCAGGCUAUCUUAAUGCAACCCUUGUGAUUCCCCUAUUUCAUUAUCAUAGCAUUUGGAGAGAUCCUAGCAAUUUCAGUGAUAUUUAUGAUGAAGAUUAUUUUGUUAGUACCUUGCGAAAUGAUGUCCGGGUGGUUAAUACAAUUCCUGAAUACAUAAUGGAACGUUUUGGCCACAACAUGAGCAAUGUUUACAACUUCAAAGUAAAAGCGUGGUCACCUAUUCAGUACUAUAAGGAUGAAGUUCUCCCAAAGCUACUUGAAGAAAAAGUUAUAAGGAUUUCCCCUUUUGCAAAUCGUUUGUCAUUUGAUGCUCCUCCAGCUGUCCAACGACUUAGAUGCUUGGCAAAUUAUGAAGCUCUGAGGUUUGCAAGUCCUAUAUCAAAUUUAGGUGAUACAUUGGUGGCAAGAAUGAAAGAACGCAGUGUGAAGCAUGGUGGGAAAUACAUUUCUGUACAUCUACGCUUUGAGGAGGACAUGGUUGCUUUCUCAUGCUGUGUAUUUGAUGGCGGGGAGAAAGAAAAAGAAGACAUGGAAAAUGCAAGGGAAAGAGGUUGGAGAGGGAAAUUUACAAGAGCUGGUCGAGUUAUACGCCCCGGAGCUAUCAGGAUAAAUGGGAAAUGUCCGCUUACUCCUCUAGAGGUUGGCUUGAUGCUUAGGGGAAUGGGAUUCGAUAAAAGCACACAUAUUUAUUUGGCUUCUGGAAAGAUAUACAAUGCAGAGAGGACAAUGGCCCCGUUAUUGGAAAUGUUUCCAAAUCUGCUAACUAAAGAGACGCUGGCAUCAGAUGAGGAGCUUGCACCUUUUAAGAACUAUUCGUCCAGGAUGGCUGCUAUAGACUACACUGUUUGUCUCCACAGUGAGGUCUUUGUGACCACUCAGGGUGGAAACUUUCCUCAUUUUCUUAUGGGUCACAGAAGAUUCGUGUUUGGUGGACACUCUAAAACAAUCAGGCCAGACAAGCGAAAGUUAGCUAUACUUUUUGAUAAUCCAAAUAUUGGAUGGAAAAGUUUCAAACGGCAAAUGCUGAGUAUGCGGUCUCAAAGUGAUUCCAAGGGGUAUGAACUAAAAAGACGGAAUGACUCAACCUAUACCUUUCCAUGCCCAGAUUGCAUGUGCCGGACAAACAAAGCCCCCGAUUCAAAAUCAUGAUCUGCUAUGUUAUUCGUUGCGAGAGAAUUUUGAUGGGUGAUUUCACGCCUAUAAUUUUGUAAGAUGUCCUUGCUGCUGACCCCCUCUUUGUGUUGUAUUCUUUCAUUUUUUUCCCCUUUCCAUUUUGGCAAGAGGGCAUACACUUAAGUUUUGGGAGCAUUGACGAUUCAUUGGAGGUUACAUUCAUCUGAUUAUUUUCCGGGAUUGCGAUGAAGAUAAGCUGCAUCUUUUUUGUAUAUUAUGCCAGAGAAGAAGAGCAAUGCCAGAAAUUCCUCGGGACAUUGAUUAACUGAGCAUUCUUUUUCAUAUUUGUUAUUGCAGCUGCUGUAUCUAACAAGCUGUGAUGUGAAAUGACACCAAAUUCUUUCAGAACCCAGUUGUUUUUCCAUGGAUGUAAAUUUCUUGGUACUUGAUUUGCUUGUGUAGAAAAACUUUAGAAACAGAAUAUACAGAUUUGAUGUACUUUUUUUUAAAAUCAGAAAUCAGUGUAUCGAUUUUGAUUCUUUUGUGUAUCA